GAGUCUAGAGCGUGGAAGCUAGACACCCUCGGGCACGAGACAUUGCAUGACGCCGAGCAUGCAAGCUAAAGAGCAAGAGCGCAGAGAACGAGAAGAAUCUCCUCGGUGAGCUUGCGAAGCCUAUGUCGUUUACCCUUUUCAAGCGAGGGAAUGCGAGUCUGGCCCUUGCUCCCUCCCGGCCCACCCCAAAAAUGGGGGCCACGCCGUGUUGCCUCGCAUGCUUGGAUGCCUGGACGCCUGACGCCAAACGCCUCGCGCCUCCUGCAUGCUGCAUGCUGCAUGGUGUCUGGUAGCGUGCCACGCCUCGCGCAUGCAGAAUGUUCAUGCGACAUGAGGAAUGGGGCGACUAGUAAUGUCGAGAGACGCGACGCGUUCCCAUGGAAGGUAUGGCAGUUGAAAGGGAGAUUGGCGCGGCUUAUGAGUCAUGUAACGUCGUCGGACUUGGAGGUGUCGGAGCAUUGGAGUGGCCGAGAGCGAGGUUGGUCUUGGGAACUUGGGGGGCGCAAUUCCCGCGUCCCCCCUUGCCCUCUUGGCUUCAUGUCUGUGCUGUCGGAUGGGAUGCAAUGGCGUUGGAGACUGUGGAAGCGCAUCAUCAAGGAACAGAGAUGUAGGGGAGGCCUGACCAGCCUGGCUAGCUGGCUAGCCUGGACGCGCUGGGCGAAGGGGGUCUGAUGAGAGCGGCAGUUGGGCUGCAAGGUAUGCGUGUCUGGCGCCUGGCUUCUCUGAAGAUCUGGAACAUGGAUAUGGGGUAAUGGGUACUAGCCUCAAUGGUCAUGCUCAUGGCCGAGUUGG